GAAACGGUACAUGCGAAAUGGAGACAGACAAAAGACUUUUUGCAAGGACUUAUUUUCUGUUCGUCGACCUCUCCAGUCUCGCCAACUAGACGGUACGUCAGGGAUGUUUUUGUUUUGAAUGCCCUGCGACCAAUAGAAACCCUCAUAAACAAAUCGCCGCGUCGUGAUUCGCCGACUGGAUGCCUGGUCCAAGGACGUUGUACUAACAGUUCGGAAGAUUUGGUGAAAAGUGCAUGGUGUGCGGUGAUUUUAGUGGAAAAAUAUAUAAAUUUUUUAACAUUUUGGUCCAUCGUACUAUGAUUUAUGCUGGCAGAAACAAAGUAGAGUCUUCACAUCAAUCACCAUUUCAAGAAAGAAACAAAGAAUUAGAUGCCCAUAAAUCAAACAGUUGUCGCCUAUGGUGGCGGGGUAAAAAUAAGCACAAUAGAUAUUACAUUUCAGAAAAAUCAACGCAAAUGGCUGUAGACUCAGUUAAACAACAGUUGAAUAAAGUAUUUCAUGAAGAUGAGGCCCCAAUUAAUAAAAAAUUGCCUAAGGAACUAUUAUUGCGGAUUUUUUCCUAUUUAGACGUUGUGUCUUUGUGUCGAUGUGGCCAAGUUUCUAAAUCAUGGAAUAUAUUGGCUUUAGAUGGAAGCAACUGGCAAAGAAUUGAUCUUUUUGAUUUUCAAAGAGAUGUGGAGGGGCCAAUCAUAGAAAACAUAUCUCGAAGAUGUGGAGGAUUUUUACGACAGUUGUCUCUACGUGGUUGCCAGUCCAUGGCAGAUGGCUCAAUGAAAACACUGGCUCAGUUGUGUCCAAAUGUAGAAGACUUAAAUUUAAAUGGUUGCAAAAAGAUUACUGAUGCAACCUGUAAUGCUCUUUCGCGACAUUGCUCUAAAUUACAAAGGUUAAAUCUGGACAGUUGUGUUUCUAUAACAGAUUCGUCGCUUAAGGCCAUCAGCGAUGGAUGUCCAAACAUGACACAUGUCAACAUAAGUUGGUGUUGCAAUAUAACUGAAAACGGAGUUGAGGCCCUUGCCAGGGGUUGUCCAAAAUUAAAGAGCUUCAUCAGCAAGGGAUGCAAGCAAAUCACUUCACGCGCUGUCAUUUGUUUAGCCAACUUUUGUCAACAACUUCAAGUUGCUAACCUUUUUGGAUGCAACAAUAUUCGGGAUGAAGCGGUACAAGCAUUGGCAGACAAGUGUCCGCGUCUGCACUAUCUUUGUUUGUCCGGUUGUUCUGCGCUGACUGAUAUUGCCCUUAUCGCACUCGCACAGCAGUGUCAUCUUUUGUCUACGUUGGAAGUGGCUGGAUGUUCGCAGUUCACCGACGCUGCGUUUCAAGCCUUAUCAAAGAAUUGUCGGUUUUUAGAAAAAUUGGACUUGGACGAAUGUGUUUUAAUUACAGACAUUACUUUAAUUCAUUUAGCCAUGGGCUGCCCUAGGAUAGACAAACUGACGUUGUCACAUUGUGAACUAAUCACCGACGAAGGCAUUCGACAUCUGUCGAUGUCACCAUGCGCGGCCGAAAACCUCACUGUUCUAGAAUUGGACAACUGUCCGCUGGUGACAGAUGCGUCGUUGGAACACCUCACCUCUUGUCACAACUUACAACGGGUCGAGCUCUACGACUGUCAGCUUAUUACUAGAAUCGGAAUUCGAAGACUUAGAAACCACUUACCAAAUAUAAAAGUACAUGCCUAUUUUGCACCCAUCACGCCGCCGCCCUCUGCCGGCGGGUCCCGCCAAAGAAUUUGUCGAUGCUGCGUGAUUAUAUGAGAAAGCUGCCCCGACGGACCCAAUGAUUUGCCACCGUAACCUAAACGGACGGACAUGUGUUCAUGCUUUAAACUGUUUAAGACAUUUUUUUAAAUAAACCUCAAAGUUUAUUACAAACGCAUGAUCGACAAGUUUUUAGCCAAGUUUAUGAGAUGAUUUGGCACUACAGGUAGGUAUUUAUGUUUUUUGUAUUAACAUAUAAUCUUACUUCUUUAUAUUGCCCGUUAAAGUUGAUAUUUUAGGCAAACUUUUAAAGAACAUUUUCAAAUACAUAUUUUAUACGGAAAAAACAUAAUAACAAUAAAUAAUAGAUUAAAUUGAAUUAUAGGUAGGUAAUACCUACUAGGUACUUGAUUUUUAAACACUACCACAAAGGAUAUUGAUAUUCCUAAAAUUUUAUAACAAAAUUAUGUGGCUUUAUUUUGUAAAAUAUUUCACUAAAAGAAAGAUUUCUAAAAAUUAUCAAGACUUUAAUUAUUUGUACUAAAUCAUCCUUUACUUAUGUUUUCAUUUUAUUUAGACUAUAAUUGCUAUUAUUAUCCAACCAAUAUAAUAUUUUGACUCAUUGAUGUUAAAAAAAUAUCAAAUAUAGAUAUGAAAAUAA